CAAAUCCUGUCCCGACCCGAACCGCGCACGCAACCAAGAGCGCCUAAUUCUAACGGAAAAAACCGCAAAGCACGAGCCGCGAAAUAUGUUCAGUCACAGUAGAGCAAGCGCGAGCGAGCUCAUAAACAGGGCAAAGGAGGCAGUGACGCUCAUCACCCAGCCGCGCACGUUAGCUUCUCCUCCCCUUUUCACCUCGCGCCCCGCUAACGAACGCCUUGCGUCCCAAUCUCACCGCUCCUUCGCCACCAUGAACCGGAACGACGACCCAAUCGAAGCUCUAUUCCAGCAGAAGCGCUCGCUCCGGUCCAGAAUGCGCAAAGAGCUCAGAAAUAUGGACCCGGUUCGAAGAUCCGAAGAAGAUGCUGCAAUUCAGAGCAUUGUUGUAAAUAAUCCCUGGUUCAAAUCUAGCAAGAGUGUAUGUGCUUACAUUAGCUCCCCUGCUUUACGAGAAGUCGAUACGACAAGAAUUGUUUCAGAAAUUUUAUCCAAACCAGCCAAUGAGAGUGAUGUGCCGAACAGGAAAAAGCUUUAUGUUCCUCGUGUAGAGGAUAGGAAUAGCAAUAUGAGAAUGCUCAGGAUUUCCAGUGUUGAUGAUUUGAUUGUGAACUCAAUGAACAUUUUGGAACCAGCUCUUUCAGAUUCUGAUGGGAAGCAGCAUGAAGAUGUUAUGGAGGCAAGGGAUCCAGUUGACUUGUUCAUCCUACCUGGGCUUGCAUUUGACAGAUGUGGAAGGCGUUUAGGCCGUAGUGGAGGCUACUAUGAUUUGUUCCUAAAGAAGUACCAAGAGCUUACAAAGGAACGAAAAUGGAAGGAGCCCCUUGGUGUUGCACUUUCAUAUUCUAUACAGAUCGUGGAGGAAGGAGCCAUAGCUGUCACUUCAAAUGAUGUUUCUGUGGAUGCUCUUGUAUCUCCAGCCGGUGUCAUUCCGAUAAGCCCUGCUGCUUGGGAGAGGAGCAUGGGUUAAACCUGUUACGGUUCAUCACAGUUGAUCAAUUUGUGUUUUGAAGAUGGAAUGUACGUAAUGUGGAUAAGAGUGGGAAUAUGGUUAGCUGCUUCAUGUGUCUUGGAAGAUAAUCUUGUCAACUACCAAGAACAAGCAAGGGGAUAUAUAUAGCCACCUCACUGCAGUCCUGUCUCAUUGCUAAUCGACUAAAUUUGGAGGUGCAUAAGGCAUAAGAACCUUGUUUUUGCUGGAUUAGUGCCCCUUGUAAUUUCUGAAUAUUUUGUUACAGAAGGAACACUAGAAGCAGGAUUUGUAUAUGUAUCUUUAACCAAGUUGUAUACUACUUUUAAGUAGCUUGAUAAAACUAACCAGCAUUUCCAAAA